AUGCUCUUCCGUGCAUUAGUAUCCGCCUCUCUUCCUCUGCUGGCCUUUGGAGCCCAAAUCCGACGUCAGGACCCUGCUGCAUCGUCGUCUGCAGCGGGUACGACGCCUGCUGGGACCGGAACAGCGACUCCAGCAGCAACAUCAAUGACCCCACCACCAGAAGUCCCCAUUACGCUCGUAUCUACAAACCCAACCGCGUUCCCGCUCUCUGCGAUCGUCGCAACACCAGUCACGCACACGGCGCAACCUCUUGCGUCGACCCCUUCUGCUGGCCAACAGCCAUCUGCUGUAGGCUCUAAUGCACCUCCGCUCCCCGCUGCGAACUCGAUUGUCAUUGCCAAUUAUCCCGCGCUCGACAAGACGCCUCCGACCGACUCGCCAGAAGUCAAGCAAUGGAUACAAGACGUUGCCAACAGCGGCAUUCCCAUCCCUACAUUGCCCCUGCGGUUGCGGGAGGCUGCUCGGCAAACCCUGGCCGUGCAGGAAAUUCUUCCAUCUGCUGGUGGACUUGUGGUCAAUGCACUCGUGACUCUGACAUUACCACCUGCCCCGACAAACUUACUUGGGGUGUUUCUUUCGAUGAUGAACCUUCACUCGACCUUUUUCGUCGUCGGGUCGCGAGCACUGUCGCGCCCAGAGAUCUUGCAGGCCGAGUACAUGGCUGGCCACCAGAUAAGCGUGCAUACUUGGUCUCACUCGGCCCUGACGACUCUCACUAAUGAGCAAAUCAUCGCCGAGCUCGGAUGGACCGCCAAAAUUAUUAAGGACGUGACCGGCGUAACUCCAAACACGUUCCGCGCUCCCUAUGGUGAUAUUGAUGACCGAGUCCGAGCAAUUGGACGUGCUAUGGGCUUUACGUCCAUCAUCUGGACUGGCUACACCAACCCCCAGACGAACCAGCUCGACAACUUUGAUACCAACGACUGGCACAUUGCCGCUGGUACCGUCAGUGCAUCUGGUGUGAUUGCUGCAUUCGAGAACAUUCUGCAGUCUGCUACCUUGCUAAACACUGGCUUCAUCGUGCUUGCUCACGAUUUGUACCAGCAGUCGGUCGACUUGGCCAUUGGCUACAUCUUACCCGAUGCUCUCGCACGCAGGAAUCCGCAAUUCAAGAUGAUGUCCAUCAUCGAGUGCCUCGGCAUGCCGCUGGCCAAUGCCUACAAGGAGACGAACGACAACGCUACAAACCCGGUCCCGACUGGUAUCAACCAGUCGAUCAGCUACGCAGGUGCUUCUGCAGCUGCUACAUCGACUGCUGGUCAUACCGGAGGUGCGCUCUCGACCUCGCCCUCGACGUUAUGGCACGUGGUUGGCCUGGCCGGUGCCCUGGUAGCGGCGUAUACGCUCUAG